AUACCCAGGAGAAUUCUUUCUUCCAUCAUAAUCGUGUUCGUGGCACAAUUUCGUUUGACACGUAUAUGUCAACAUAAUACAGAUGUCAAAUUAAAUGAAAUUUACUUAUAUUUUUUUAAUUUUUUGAGUGUUACUGUUCUACGGCUCGAAAUAAAAGUGACAUCAAGAUGAGUACUGUAGCAGAGCAACCAUGUUACACCCUGAUCAACAUAGCAAUUGAUGCAGAGCCUUUCAAUGAAAUGCAAUUAAAGCAAGAUCUCGAGAAAGGCGACAUCAACACUAAAAUUGAGGCUCUUAAAAAGACAAUUCACAUGAUUUUAAGUGGAGAAAGACUUCCUGGUCUUUUGAUGACAAUUAUUCGAUUUAUUUUACCUCUUCAAGAUCAUAUAAUAAAGAAACUUCUCUUAAUAUUUUGGGAAAUUGUACCCAAAACUUCUGCCGAUGGAAAAUUACUUCAAGAAAUGAUUUUAGUUUGCGAUGCUUAUAGAAAAGAUCUUCAGCAUCCUAAUGAAUUUGUCAGAGGCUCUACUUUACGAUUUCUUUGCAAAUUAAAGGAACCAGAAUUACUUGAACCCUUGAUGCCAGCUAUUAUUGCGUGUCUAGAACAUCGUCAUUCAUACGUACGACGUAAUGCUGUUCUGGCGAUAUUUACAAUUUAUCGUAACUUUGAAUUUCUUAUACCCGACGCACCGGAACUAAUAGCGAAAUACUUGGAAGGAGAGCAAGAUAUGUCCUGCAGAAGAAAUGCUUUCUUAAUGCUUCUACAUGCAGAUCAAAAUAAAGCUUUGGCAUAUCUAACAGCGUGCUUGGAUCAAGUUCCCAGCUUUGGAGAUAUCCUUCAACUUGUUAUCGUUGAAUUAAUUUAUAAGGUGUGCUUGGCGAAUCCAUCAGAGCGCGCUCGUUUCAUAAGGUGUAUUUACAGUUUAUUGAAUUCUCCAAGUGCUGCAGUUCGUUAUGAAGCCGCUGGAACUUUAGUAACACUUUCAAGUGCUCCAACUGCAAUAAAAGCUGCUGCUUCUUGUUACAUAGAACUUGUCGUCAAAGAAAGCGACAAUAAUGUAAAACUUAUUGUUCUUGAUCGUCUUAUAGCGAUGAAGGAGAGUCCAUCACACGAAAGAGUUCUUCAGGAUCUCGUCAUGGAUAUUCUGCGUAUCCUAGGUUCGCCAGCUUUAGAAGUGCGUUCAAAGACUUUGUCCUUGGUGAUGGAUUUGGUAACAACUCGAACGGUUGAAGAGAUGGUUCAAUUGCUGAAGAAGGAAAUCUUGAGAACUUCCGGUGGAGAGCAUGAGGAUGCUGGGAAAUAUCGGCAACUUCUUGUUCGAACAUUACACUCGUGCUCUAUUAAAUUUGCCGACGUCGCCGUUACUGUUAUUCCCGUAUUAACUGAUUUUCUAGCUGAAAAUAAUGAGGCUGCUGCUACAGAUGUUCUUGUUUUCGUUCGCGAAGCAAUUCAAAGAUUUGAAAAUCUUAGACCACUUAUAAUUGAAAAAUUACUUGAGGUCUUUCCGCAAAUUCGAUCAGUUAAAGUACAUCGGGCUGCACUCUGGAUACUUGGAGAGUAUGCAACAUCAAAGGAAGACAUCGAAGCGGUUAUGAAUCGCGUAAGAGCUGCUUUAGGAGAAUUGCCUUUAGUUGAGGCAGAGAACAAUCGUCAAGCGGGUGAAAAAAGUUUAGACGAAAGUGCACAAAAUUCUACAAUUCAAUUGGUCACAUCAGAUGGAACUUAUGCAACUCAAAGUGCUUUUAAUUCCGUCUUAACAGGAAAGAAAGAAGAGAAGCGUCCCACACUGGUACAGUACAUGAUGGACGGGGAUUUCUUUAUUGGCGCAUCAUUAGCAACAACACUUUCGAAACUUGCUCUUCGUUAUAAAAAUCUAGAAACAAGCCAUCAAAAGAGCAACAGAAUGCAAACUGAAGCGAUGCUUAUUAUGUCCAGUGUUCUUCAGUUCGGUAGAUCUGGCCUUCCUACGAAACCCAUGACACACGACGAUGUCGAAAGGGUUUCUCUUUGUUUGCGAUCGCUCGCUUGUCCGACGCCACUUGUUCAAAGAGUAUUUACAGAAGGAUGCCGUGAAGCUCUAGGUAGAAUGCUCACGGCCAAAGCGGAAGAGGAUUUGCUUAGUCAAAAGGCUAAGGAGAAACCAGGGAAUAUUGUACAGGUCGAUGAUGCAAUACAAUUUAUGCAGUUAACUCGUGGAUCGGAUUUAACAGGCGGUGCGGGUGAUGUUUUUGAACAAAGUUUAAGUGCAGCAGUGGCAGGAAAGUCCGCCGGAGCUCAAGACGUUUCCAUUCCAAAUGCUCUAAGCAAAGUGACGCAACUCACUGGUUUCUCUGAUCCCGUCUAUGCCGAGGCUCUUGUCCACGUGAAUCAGUACGACAUUGUCCUUGACGUCCUCAUUGUUAAUCAGAGUGAAGAUACACUUCAAAAUUGUACUCUUGAACUUGCCACAAUGGGUGAUUUGAAACUUGUCGAGAGACCGCAGGCCAUUGUAUUGGCGCCCCGAGACUUUGCGAGUAUUAAAGCUAACGUUAAAGUUGCGUCCACUGAGAAUGGAAUUAUCUUUGGAAAUAUUGUGUACGACGUGUUCGGUGCCGGAUCAGAUAGGUGUGUUGUCGUUUUAAAUGACAUUCACAUCGAUAUUAUGGACUAUAUUGUACCAGCUACUUGUACAGAUGCUGAAUUCCGUCAAAUGUGGGCGGAAUUCGAAUGGGAAAAUAAAGUGUCGGUAAAUACGACUCUCUCCGAUUUGCGAGAUUAUUUGGCACAUCUUUUGAAAUCGACUAACAUGCGCUGCUUGACGCCAGAAAAGGCUCUUUCUGGUCAAUGUGGAUUUAUGGCCGCUAAUAUGUAUGCAAAAUCGAUAUUUGGUGAAGACGCCUUGGCCAAUUUGUCUAUUGAAAAACCAUUGAAUAGACCAGAUGCUCCAGUGGUUGGACACAUUCGUAUUAGAGCUAAAAGUCAAGGAAUGGCACUUUCCCUUGGUGAUAAAAUAAAUUCAACACAAAAAGGUCCUCAAAGUAAAGUUGUCCAAGCUGCUUGAAUAAAAAUUACUCAUGUUAGAAAUUAAUAUCCUGCUUUUAUUGUUCACAGUAAAUUUUUAUGACGCGGUAAAAGAAAGAGAAGAGAAAAGAUUUAUUAACAUCUCUAAAUCUUACGUGUGAAUGUAAUCAUUAUAGGCGUUUGUUUGUACUUCUUUUAUUUCACUUUUACAUAUUAUCUUAUUUGUUAAAAUAGAUUUUUAAAUUCUUUUAAAUAAAUGGAAGAAAUAUAAAUAAAAACUA